AUGGAUGCCAACAUCGUUGUUAUGGGGACAGAGAGCGUCGGGAAAACAGCUCUGACUGUGCGCCUCCUAACUCGGAGAUUCAUCGGAGAAUAUGGAGAUAUUGAAUCCAUCUACAGUCACAGUUUUAUGGUGGAUGGGAGGGAAAUAACGCUCAACAUCUGGGAUUCACCUUAUUCUGGGGAUUUGUCUGAGGAGACGUCUCUAUUUAAGAAGAAAGUCCAGUGGGCAGACGGCUAUGUUCUCAUCUACAGCAUCUGUGACAGAGCCAGUUUCAACGCUGUCAGCAGGCUCAUCCAGACCAUCAAGUCCACCAAAGACUACCUGAAUGCUGACAAAGUGCCCAUAGUGAUUGUGGGCAACAAGAGGGACCUGCACCACAGGCGGACAGUGCUGAGUGAGGAGGGCCGCCUGCUGGCUCUUAACACAGAUUGUCACUUCUACGAGGUGUCUGCGGCUGAGAACUACCACAGUGUGCUCAUGGUGUUUCACGGGCUGGUGGACAGGAUGAAGGACGCCAAGCUGACAACGAAGAGGCCUCUGGGGUUCAGGGGCAUAGUGAAGAGCAUGUCUGCAGUGUUCGCCAGGAAACGGACAGACUCCUUUUAG